CGUGGUCCACUGCCUUUAAAGGCCUGAGCUGCCCAGAGAGAGAAGCUCUGCUCAGCACCAGACGAUACAGACAUACCUGAGGACGGCAGGAUGGACGCUGCAUACAAGAGAGUCAAUGGAGACUACGGCACCGAGGCAGAGACAGAGGAGAUCACGGGGCGGAAGAGAAGCGGCUCCAUGUACCUGGAGGAGGAGACCGACAAGAAGUCGGAGGUGAUCUCCUGCAUCUUCUCCCUGAAAGAGGAGGUCGGAGCUUUAGCCAAGGCCCUGCGGCUCUUUGAGGAUAAGGGCAUCAACCUGAUGCACAUUGAGUCCCGGCCGUCGCGGAUGAACAAAGACCAGUACGAGUUCUUCAUCAGCGUGGACUCCACCUGCUCCCAGGCGCUGGAUGAGGUCAUCGACGGCCUGCGCACACAGAUCAGCGGCCACGUGCACGAGCUGUCACGCAACAAACAGAAGGACACAGUGCCGUGGUUCCCUAACGACAUCCAGGACUUGGACCGCUUCGCCAACCAGAUCCUCAGCUACGGCUCCGAGCUGGACGCCGAUCACCCGGGCUUCACAGAUCCAGUGUACAGAGCCCGCAGGAAGGAGUUUGCCGACAUCGCAUACAACUACAGACAUGGCCAAACCAUCCCCAGAGUGGAGUACACAGAGGAGGAAAGAGCCACAUGGGGCAUCGUGUUCAAGGAGCUCAAGACUCUGUACCCGACUCACGCCUGCCGCGAACACAACCGGGUCUUCCCCCUGCUGGAGAAAUACUGCGGCUACAGGCAGGACAACAUCCCACAGCUGGAGGAUGUGUCCCGCUUCCUGCAGUCGUGCACAGGUUUCCGGCUUCGCCCGGUCGCCGGCCUGCUCUCGUCCCGGGACUUCCUGGCCGGACUCGCCUUCCGUGUCUUCCAUUCCACGCAGUACAUCCGUCACAGCUCCAAGCCCACGUACACACCGGAGCCGGAUAUCUGCCACGAGCUCUUGGGACACGUUCCUCUGUUUGCUGAUCCCAGUUUCGCUCAGUUCUCACAGGAGAUUGGUCUUGCAUCUCUUGGAGCCCCUGACGAAUACAUUGAGAAACUGGCUACUGUGUACUGGUUCACCGUGGAGUUCGGCCUGUGUAAGCAGGGAUCUGAGAUCAAAGCCUACGGAGCCGGCUUGCUUUCAUCGUUUGGAGAGCUGCAGUACUGUUUAACAGACGAGCCCAAAGUCCUGCCCUUCGACCCCGACAAGACCAGCCUCCAGAAAUACCCCAUCACAGAGUACCAGCCUGUUUACUUCGUGGCUGAGAGCUUUGAGGAUGCCAAGGAGAAAGUGAGGAGGUUUGCAGCCACCAUCCCCAGGCCUUUCUCCGUGCGCUACAACCCCUACACCCAGAGCAUCGAAGUGCUGGACAACACCCAGCAGCUCAGGAACCUGGCAGACAGCAUCAACAGUGAAUUGGGCAAACUGUGUGAAGCCAUGCGGAAACUGGAGUAACUGCACAUGUAACCAGAUUCACCCAGAGUGUCCCUUCUUUCCUUCACUAAAACGGCUGUUGGUGUAUCGGGCUGCCAGCCUUUUGCAGUUCCGCUUAGCGUGCUUGCAAAUUAGCUUCCUUGGUAAUAAAAACCAAUAUGAAAGUCAAAUAAAGACCAUAUUACUGUAAUCCAGCUAGUAGGAAACGUUCUGUGUAUUGUAGUUCAGUGAAUGAAGUGUAGCCUGUUACUUAUGGAUGAUGAUAGGAAGUGUUUCUGUAAAAGCUGAGGAUGUUACUGUCGAUAUUUUAACCGCAUAACUGUUACUGAAAGAAUGUUUUUUUCCAAAAUAAGAGCUUCUGUCGAUCUCUGAAAGACUUCUAAUGAAUUUCAAAUCUAAUGUGAACAUCUGAUUUUGCUUCAUGACUGCAGAUUUUUUUCUAUGCCUUUCGAAAUGAGAGAUAACUCCUGUCGUUAGCUUUCGUUUCACUCAGAUAAAUGGAAUGUUUUGUAUAUGCAUGAAACAAAUAAAUAUGUCUCCUCUUUGA